GGGCUGAAACACAGAAGGAGGAGAAGGAGGAGGAGGAGAAGGAGGAGAAGGAGGAGGAGGCUUCCUCCCAGCCAGCAGCAGAAAGGGGUGCAAGAAGGCGAGGUGAGCGGGAAAGACCCCAUCCUCGCGACUCCCUCCUGCCAAGGCGGUGGCUGCAGGCAAGUGCCUCAUUGCAAAACAAACACAGACCCUUGCUUGGCGUCGCGGUGAGGAAAUCGGAGCCGCUUUUUGCUUUUCUUAAGGAAAUUCAGGCGAGUGAAUAAGUGAGCGCCUGAUCUGUUGGUGCUUCGACGCUUGUGCUUGUUUCUCUGUGCCGGAGCCGCACAAAGGGCACGAGGGCACCGCGCACGAGCCACGGGGGAGAUGGCGAUGCAGGCAGCGAUGGGCGCCUGGAUACUGCUGCUGCUGGUGGUGGUGGCCCCGGUGCACUUGGCAGCGCCCCGGCACGCCGCGGUGCUACCCGAUGGCGGGGGCAGUGGGGAUGGCGAGGAGGUCUCGGCCACGCCACCCAUCCGCCGUGUGACGCCAAGGACUGGCCCGACAGUGGCGGAUGCGACGGGGACCACAGUCACCAACAGCUCGGCGCCGGGCAGCCUGCUGGAUGGGCUGGUGGACUUCUUCAAGGAGUACAUGCUGCUGGUGGUGGUGGUGGGUUCGCUGGUCUUCGUCCUCCUCUUCAUCAUCUGCGCCGCUGUCAUUGUCCGGCAGAAGCACAAGGCAUCUGCCUAUUAUCCCUCCUCCUUCCCCAAGAAGAAGUACGUGGAUGAGCGGGAUAAGACAGGAGGAGCUCGGGCGUUCAGCGAGGUGCCCGAGAAAGCCCCCGACUCCGGCGCUGAAGAGCCCCUUGACAGCAGCCGGCAGCUGCAGGCAGAUAUCCUCGCUGCAGCUCAGAACCUCAAAUCACCCCACAAGGCAUCACUCGCCAACGGGGCCCGGGGAGAGCAGAACUCCUCCCCAGAGGAAAAGGAGGAAGGGAGCAAAAAGUUGAGUGAAGAGCAACGUGAUGAGCAACCCCCUGAGUCCCCUUCCCCAAACCCAGGUGCUGAGGAAGCCGUGGGCACAACAGGAGCUGGGGGUGAUGGGGUCCCUGAUGCGCCCCAGGAUGGCACCCAGGCCAUCUAGGGCAGGAAUCCCGUCCUGGGCGAGCCCAAGGAGCUGCUGGCUCGGAAGGCGCCCUGUGGACACACGAUGGACACUGGGGUUUGUUGCUCCAUAGGUACGUGGGGGCUCAAGGAAGCCCUGAUGAAGAUCCCUCCCCAUUCCCCCUACUCGCCCUUGAGGCCCAUCAAUCCCGGGCACCCUUGGGACGCUGUGGCAAAGCCACGUUUUUCUGGCAGAUGCUGUUUUUUGGCAGUGCUGGAGUGCCAUCGGCAUCCUCCUGCUGCCCAAGGGGCUUUUCCAACCGUCAAGCAAUGGGUGGGCGCACACCUCUCAGCUCCAGCUCUGCCUCCCCCAGUGCUGUGCUGGGCAGCCCUCGCCCACAGCCACGCUGCCAGCUUUCUCCCAAACAUAAUUUUACUAAUUAGUGGUCUAAUUGCAUCCUCCAGGCAGAGGGAUGGCCCUGCAGCUGGGGGUCCGUGCAGCCAUCUGUGGGGUGUGGGGCAGGGGCUCGACGCAGCCUCAGGGGCCACAGGCUGCUGAGCGCUGUGACCACCAAGGAGAUGAGAUAGGAUGAUCUUGGCCAUUCUUGCCCCAGCUAAGGGGAGAAGGGAAGAGGAUUUAGUGACAAGGACUCAUCGUUUUAUUUUUCUGACCUGAGGGCAGCCUGGAGCCCAGCUGGACUUUUCCCUUGUUUUCUUAACCCCUUCAGCUAAUAAUAAAGACAU